AUGAUUUACGUUGUCUUGAAUGGAAAUACCAUCAUCAUCAAAGGUCCUGCCGUCAGAACUUUCGAAUUAAGAACCAAGUCUAAGGAACAAUUGCAAAACCAAUUGGUUGAAUUAAAGCAAGAAUUGGCCAACUUGAAGGUCCAAAAGUUGCAAAAGCCAUCUUUGCCAGCCAUCCACACUGUCAGAAAGAACAUUGCUAGAGUCUUGACCAUCAUCAACUUGAACCAAAGAGAAUCUGUCAGAGAAUUCUACGCCGGUAAGAAGUACCAACCAAAGGACUUGAGAGCCAAGAAGACCAGAGCCCUCAGAAGAGCAUUGACCAAGGAAGAAAAGAACAAGGAAACCGUCAAGGCUAGAAAGCAAAGAAUCGCUUACCCACAAAGAAGAUUCGCUAUCAAGGCUUAA